AUGGACAACUGGGCUCUUGACAGCCCCCACUCUCUCUCUGGUGCCCUUCCAUGUCCCCCACUCUCUGCUCCAUUCCCCCACCUAACCCGCUUCCCCCUUCCCUCGUCGCUCUCCCUUCCCUCCCAGGUGAGGGAGAUGGCAAGCAAGCACCACCCGCAUCUCGUGCGGCUGCUGGGCUAUUGCAUUGACUUCAACCCAUCCACAUGCCACAUCGAGCAGAUCUUGGUCUAUGACUUUGGGGUGGUGAUGCUGGUGGUGAUCACGGCACACAAGGCCGUUCACAUGGCAGGCGACAUUCAGAUCAACCUCAAGCAAUGGGUGGCUCCCCUGGUGGCAUCUGGUGAUGUGGCAGCAUUCAAGGACCCUCACUUGGAUGCUCCAGGUGACUUGCUGCUGCGCCUGGCUCGCCUCGCCCUCACCUGCACGGCCAUGCCCACGGCCUCCCGCCCCACCAUGGGCCGCGUGUUGGGCGAUCUGCUGGGAAUGAAGGAGGAGGUGGGGGUGCUGAGGCGCACAGAGCUGCAUGCCGCAUUGACAGAGAGAUUGGCAGCUCAGCGGCUCACACAGUGGACUUUGAUGCCCAGCUGGCUCGUGUGGAGCAGAUGGGAACUCAGGGCCGUUCAUCUAGUGAUGCAUGAUGUGUUGUAG